AUGUACAGUCCCCUCCAGCCUAGCGACUCGGCCGCGAACCGCGGCCCGAGAACAAACACUCGAAAGCGUGAUCGUGAGCCGGAAGAUAUGUCCUCGCCUGGGCAAUUGCCUCCGUCUAGUCCUGCGGCAUUGGCAUCAUCACCUCCCCCCAUGCCCCCUUUCGAUGACGCUGAAGAAGAUAAUGAGGAAGAAACUGAAAUGAUCCCCGACAUUGACGAUGUAGACGAGCUGGCUGAAGAUGAGGAUGGAAUUGAUCUGUUUGGCGACAACUUUGAACGAGACUAUCGCGCCGCAGAAGACGAUCAGUACGUGAAUGAAGCGUACAUCGAUGAUGAGGAAGAGCACGAUGAGCUUGAUGCCUCAGCCCGCCGGGAUUUGGACGCCCGAAUGAACAAGAGAGAUCGCGAGCUUGCACGCCGGCGCCGCAUGCCCGCCGCUUUCCUUCAGGACGACGAUGAUAUGGAUCUUGAUCUGUCGCGCCAGCCACGUCGUCGCCGCCAUCACUACGAUGAAGAGCGAGAGGAUAUCGAUAUGGCAGACGAGGGCAUGGAGGAGUUGUCCCUGGAGGAAUUGGCUGACGUCAAGGCCUCCAACAUCACAGAUUGGGUCACGCAACCGCAAGUGCUCCGUUCCAUCUACAGAGAGUUCAAGGCCUUCCUCACAGAGUUCAUCGAUCCUUCGGGUCAAUCCGUCUACGGCAACCGAAUCAAGACUUUGGGUGAGAUCAACUCUGCCUCACUGGAGGUGUCCUACGCCCACUUGAGCGAAACCAAAGCCGCGCUCUCUUAUUUCCUCGCAAAUGAGCCCACCGAGGUCUUGAAGGUUUUUGAUCAAGUGGCUCUCGAUGUCACCUUGUUCCACUACCCUCAAUACCACGACAUCCACAACGAGAUUCACGUCCGCAUCACUGACGUGCCCAUCAUUUACACUCUGCGUCAACUGCGACAAUCCCACCUAAACUGUUUGGUACGCGUUAGUGGUGUAGUGACUCGCCGGACUGGCGUUUUCCCCCAGUUGAACUAUGUCAUGUUCCUCUGCCAGAAGUGCGGUAUCACACUGGGACCUUUCCAACAGGAGGCCAAUACCGAGGUCAAGAUCUCGUUCUGCCAGAACUGCCAAUCGCGCGGUCCCUUCACUGUGAACUCUGAGAAAACUGUCUACCGCAAUUACCAGAAAUUGACCCUCCAGGAGUCACCAGGCUCUGUCCCUGCUGGUCGUCUCCCUCGUCAACGUGAAGUCGUUCUGUUGGCUGAUUUGAUCGAUACCGCCAAGCCGGGUGACGAAGUGGAAGUCACUGGUAUCUAUCGCAACAGCUAUGAUGCCCAGCUGAACAACAAGAACGGAUUCCCUGUCUUUGCCACUGUUAUUGAAGCCAAUCACGUGGUUAAGUCUCAUGAUCAGCUCGCUGGCUUCAACCUGACUGAGGAGGAUGAGCGCGAGAUCCGUGCGCUUUCCAGGGACCCAGAAAUUGUCGACAAGAUUGUUCGCUCCAUCGCACCCAGUAUCUACGGUCACCAAGAUGUCAAGACUGCGGUUGCCCUUUCGCUCUUCGGGGGUGUCAGCAAGCAGGCUCAAGGAAAGAUGUCUAUUCGUGGUGACAUUAACGUUCUGCUUCUCGGCGAUCCAGGUACCGCCAAGUCACAGGUGCUGAAAUACGUCGAGAAAUCUGCUCAUCGAGCCGUCUUUGCCACUGGUCAAGGUGCCAGCGCUGUCGGUUUGACUGCUAGUGUCCGUCGCGACCCUUUGACGAGUGAAUGGACCCUCGAGGGUGGUGCAUUAGUCUUGGCUGACCGCGGCACUUGUCUGAUCGAUGAGUUCGACAAGAUGAACGAUCAAGACCGGACGUCUAUUCACGAAGCCAUGGAGCAGCAGACUAUCUCCAUUUCAAAGGCUGGUAUUGUCACCACACUGCAGGCUCGCUGUGCAGUUGUCGCCGCUGCCAACCCCAUUGGCGGUCGCUACAACAGCACCAAGUCUUUUUCUGAAAACGUCGAGUUGACUGAUCCCAUUUUGUCGCGUUUCGAUAUUCUGUGCGUGGUGCGUGAUCUCGUCGAGCCUUCAGAGGACGAGCGACUGGCAAACUUUGUGAUUGAGUCUCACCACCGUGCCAACCCGGCCAAGCCACUCCGUAACGACCAGGGGGAUUUGGUUGAUACGUACGGGCAUCUCAUCGAUAUUGAAGGCUACCGCAUCGAUCGAGAGGGCCGUCGUCUCCCUCCAAACGAGGAGGAGCUUGAGCGUCGGGCGGCUGAGCAGAAAAAGGCGGACGAGGAGAAGGAGGGAGAGAUUCCUCAAGAAUUGCUCCGAAAGUACAUUUUGUACGCUCGGGAGCGCUGCCAUCCCAAGCUUUACCAGAUUGACCAGGACAAGGUCGCUCGUCUGUUUGCAGACAUGCGUCGUGAGUCUCUGGCCACAGGAGCCUAUCCCAUUACUGUCCGUCAUUUAGAAGCCAUCAUGCGUAUUGCCGAGGCCUUCUGCAAGAUGCGUCUUUCUGAGUACUGUUCCUCCCAGGACAUUGACCGUGCGAUCGCGGUCACCGUCGAAUCCUUCAUUGGCAGCCAGAAAGUCAGCUGCAAAAAGGCUCUGUCGCGCGCUUUUGCGAAGUAUACUCUUGCUCGACCUAAGCCACAAUCUAAGCGCCGCGCGGGUCUCGCAGUGCCUAACCCUCAUCUGCCACGCUCCACUCCUGGCGUUCACUAA